UCAACACCGAUGAAAAUAUCGAUAGUCGAUAGGGUGUUCUGCCAGUUUCCGCUUCGAAGGAAGCGUGGUUCUUUCCGUGCGUAACUUUAAUCAUGGCGGUGGGUAAAAAUAAGGGGCUUUCAAAAGGUGGUAAAAAGGGUGUUAAAAAGAAGAUUGUUGAUCCUUUCACUCGUAAGGACUGGUACGAUGUUAAGGCACCGUCUAUGUUCACCAACCGUCAUGUUGGUAAAACAUUGGUCAACAGAACCCAAGGAACAAAGAUUGCUUCUGAAGGUCUGAAAUACAGAGUAUUUGAAGUGUCCCUGGCUGAUUUGCAAAAUGAUGGGGAUGCAGAAAGAUCUUUCCGUAAAUUCAGGUUGAUUGCAGAAGAUGUUCAACAUCGUAAUGUAUUGACCAACUUCCAUGGCAUGGAUCUGACUACAGACAAAUUGAGAUCCAUGGUCAAGAAAUGGCAGACUUUGAUUGAAGCUAAUGUUGAUGUUAAAACCACAGAUGGUUAUCUCCUUAGAGUUUUCUGCAUUGGUUUUACUAACAAGGACCAACUGAGCACCAGGAAAACAUGUUAUGCCCAGCAUGCACAGGUUAAGAAAAUCAGACAGAAAAUGGUAGACACGAUCACGAACGAUGUCACCAAGAGCGACUUGAAGGGUGUUGUCAGUAAGCUGUUGCCAGAUGCUACAGCUAAAGACAUCGAAAAAGCCUCGCAAGGAAUUUACCCACUCCAUGAUGUUUACAUCCGUAAAGUCAAAGUAUUGAAAAAGCCACGAUUUGAAUUGAGUAAGUUGUUGGAACUCCAUGGUGAUGGUGCAGGUAGCAAAAGCGAAGAAGUAGGUGAAACAGGCUCAAAGGUUGAUAGACCAGAGGGCUAUGAACCACCUGUACAGGAAUCCGUUUAAGGGAGUUAAGUUCUCUUUAAUUAUUUGAUAUAAAUAAAAAGCCACGUUCCAGUGCGAAUA